AUGAUCACGCACCGCAACCUGCUCGUCCUUACCUCUGCUGUGCUGGCGACAGUUCAGCACGUUGGAGCACAAAUUCUGGGCUGCGACGAGUUGGGCUGCCCCGUCGCUUCGGGAACGGAGUCAUGCACCGUGGCCGACAAGACUUUCCGCCAUGUUGGGGCAGCCAGUGUUGAUAUCCCCGAUCGCAAUAACGUCUCCAUCGGCUUGUCCUGGGUCAAGGGUGUUAGUAGCAAAGCCAUUAACGGGACUGAUAGUGUCCAAUAUGACCAAUCCUUCUACCUCGGGACCCCGCCAGGCUUUGAGCUUCACCCUAGCGCUGGCUGCGCACUGUUCUUUCACGACAUCAGUAAGAACAUCAAGUUCAACAACUCGCGUGACGCCCCUCUCCCGUACGCUGAAGGCACCUGCCAAGAGACCACCAUGGGCCCCUCCUGCGUCUCCGCUGUCAUCGAACUUGCCCAAAUGGCUUUUGAAAAGGUGACACCCUACGAUAGCUGCGAGCUACUUGAAGAGACCUUCGCCAGCAUAAUCGCCGAUGCUUGCGUUGGUUCCUUGAUCAACGGAGGCAACUGGUCUCCCUACACAAUCAAGAAUCUUCACAAGGCCUCUUCUAAGGCCCCUAUUUCCGGCGAACAGAAUGCAACAUCAGACUGCUGGCCCGUCCUCCCAAAGAAUCAUGACCUAAGACUAAUUGAGUCAAUCAAGCGUACUGGCGGCUCGGAUCAGGCAACCGAAGAUGACCAAUUCUAUGGAAUCACUCCUAUCCUGACGGUCCUCUAUCCCACCGCGGCCGGGGAAAUCAGCCUUGUCAACUACCCGAGAGCUCAGCUGACGUGCCUGAAAACAAUCAAGACGCAUGCCAUUAUGAGUCCAGAGGGCGACGAGUCCAGACGGUGA